AUGACGAGUUAUGGUGGGAUAGGAGCAGCAGCAGCCCGUCCUUCUCCUCUAUCUGCCCUUAAUACUUCUUCAUCCAAUAACACCUCUAUUAUGGGCAGUGGUGGCGCAGAGGAUUCUAAUAACUAUACGGUACUGAAUCCAAGUGUUGAUGGGUUUAAGUGGCGUUUGCUUUUAUCUUAUGAUGGCACCCACUAUAAAGGUUGGCAAUUUCAGCAAACCCCACCAACCAUACAGUGCAUUCUAGAAAACGCUUUAACUCAAGCUACAAAGCUAGAAAGGAAGGAUCUUCAUUUAGUUGGUGCCAGUAGGACAGAUGCAGGAGUACAUGCCUGGGGUCAGGUGGCACACUUUGUUACACCUUUCAAUUAUGACUGCUUGGAUAGCAUUCAUGCAGCUCUCAAUGGCCUUCUUCCUCCUGAUAUUCGAGUUAGAGAAAUUAGUGCUGCAGUUCGGGAGUUCCAUGCUCGAUUUUCUGCCAAGAGAAAGACUUAUCACUACAAGAUAUAUAAUGAUGCUAUCAUGGAUCCAUUUCAGCGUCUAUACGCAUACCAUAUUACUCAUAAACUCAAUGCUGCUGUAAUGAGAGAAGCGGCAAAUCAUUUUAUUGGAACCCACGAUUUCUCUGCUUUUGUCAAUUCAUCACGCAAUGAUGGGAUGCCAAAUCCAGUAAAGACUAUUUUUCGAUUUGAUAUCAUUGAAAUGGGAGCUCUGCUUCAGCUAGAAGUCGAAGGCUCGGGUUUCAUGUAUAGACAAGUGCGGAACAUGGUUGCUUUACUGCUCCAAAUUGGAAAGGAAGCAAUUCCUCCCGAUUGUGUUCCAAAGAUUUUAGCUACUCGCAAUCGCAGGGAGCUCGCUAAAUACACCUUGGCUGCCCCACCUCACGGCCUCUGUCUUGUAGUUGUUAAGUAUAAUGAAGAGCACCUAAGGCUUCCUUUAGGUUGCCCUACAGCCAGUCUUGGUAGGCAUCACAGCAUAAGCAAGUGUAAGUUUACAAUGGGAAGUGCCUUCUUAAAUGAACCAAGUAACACGAUGGGGAAAACUGAAUUUCCGGGCAUUCAGCAGAAGAUACUGGAAGUAAUGCAUCCUUAG